CACGUUGAAUCAUUCACACCUUCACCUAGAUAUUCUGCCAGUUCUAUAUUAGUUGAUUCUAAACUUUAUUUCUUUGGUGGUUUGGGUAAAAAUUCUGAUGGAAGUGAAGGAUGCCAAAAUAGUGUAUUUUAUUUAGAUAUUUCAUCAUCAUUUAGUACGUCGGAUAGCAUUCCAUGGACUGAUCUUACAUCAAUUGCAGCCCUUCCAGUGGCAACUUGCUGGCAAGUUAGCGCAGUUGGCAGUUUAAAUAAUUCCAUAUAUAUGUUUGGAGGUUUAAUGACUAAUAGUAGUGAUCAAGUCAAUACUUUAGUAUACGCGUUUGAUACAAAAAUUAAACAAUGGAGUAACCCAACGAUCUCGGGAGCUGCUCCACUUAUACGAACGGAAUUUCAAAUUGCACAAGAUAGUUCUAGAGUUUAUAUGUUUGGUGGAUUAUCAGGACCUUUGACAGGUUCUCAAAAUACAAGAUGGUUCAGAGAUAUUAGUAUUUUAGAUAUAAAGAGUUUAUCUUGGUUAAUAGUUGCAGCUUCUGGCGUUGACCUUCCUCUACCUCAAGCUGAUUUUACUGCUACGAUACUGAAUAAUGGAACGAUAGUAUAUAUUGGGGGUAGACAAGCCACUACUUCUUCUGGAUCGGGAAUAAGUUACAGACAGAUGGAUAAGACUGCAAGUGGAACUAUACCAGGCGUCCGUUCAGGUCAUUCCGCGGUACUAGCAAUGGACGGUAGAAUCAUUGUUUAUGGUGGUAAAGAAAAUGAAGAAUCACCUUCUCCUGCAAAUCCUGAUCUUGCUAUUUUAGAUACUGCAAGUAAUGUCACGCAGCAAACCCCUACUGUGGCGCCUGGUCCAUCGUCCAACGUAUACCUUCUUGAUAUUAGUAACAAUUCUAAUUAUACAUGGAUCACCUCAUUCAAUGCAAAAAACACAUUAAAUCCUACUUCUACUAACGACCAAUUUACGGAUUCUACACCCACAUAUUCAAUUCUACCAUCGCCAACAAGUCCAAUAAUAUCAUCCAAUGUUGCUAUAAUUAUAGGUGUCGCAAUUGGAUGUUCUGUAUCUCUCAUAAUUGUUUCAGUCAUUGCUUUCUUACUUAUUAAACGUUGGUUGAAAUAUAGAAAAUCUUCUGCAAAUCAAGGAUUGUCAGAUGUUUUAGUAUCCGUUGAUAACGAUAAUAAGUUAUAA